UGGUAUUCUGGUACAUACGACCAUAGGGUGUGGAGAACAGGGCUUCCCGUCCGCUCAGCCGUACUUAAGCCACACGCCGCUUCCAGCCCAUCCAUGUACAACCAUAGUAUGGCCACUUUGACUACGGAAAGGGGGCGCUCCUCCUACCAGUUGUCGCUGACGUGGGGAAUGAAAGAAACAUUCUUCGUCUUCAGAAGUGAUCUGAUUUCUCUUGACAGUAAUGGCGAUGCUCCUCUUCAUAUGUCAGCUCGGUGUGAUUUUCCCAACAGGGUCCGUCUACUAAGGCUAGACAGCCAGGCGGACUUCAAUACCAGAAAUAAUAAAGGGAAUACUCCUUUGCAUGAGGCAGUUGAUCUCGAGAUCGUCAUCACUGUUAUGGAGACUAUCAUUGAACUACGCAAGGCCGGGACUGAUAUCCAUUUGGUGAAUAACGAUGGCCAGGCUGUUUGGGAUCUAUCACCGAAAGGCUCAAAAGAUCCCGACUUUUAG